UCGCAUCAUCGUCAAGAAGAAUCAAGGAAAAACUGUUUUAUUGUUUAAUCUAGUAUUUCCCGAAUUCGGAUUUGUUGAAAAUGGUCGAAGCCAAUGGAAUAGAGCUAACUGAACAGGAGGCCGAGCUGUACGAUCGUCAAAUUCGGCUCUGGGGACUUGAUUCACAAAAGAGGUUACGUGCAGCUCGAAUACUAAUUGCCGGAAUAAACGGGCUUGGAGCGGAAAUAGCCAAAAAUAUCAUCCUAGCCGGUGUAAAAGCAGUUACCCUUCUGGACGAUCAAAUCGUAAAAGAAUCGGACUUUUGCUCGCAAUUUUUGGUUCCACAGUCGUCGGUUGGUACGAAUCGUGCCGAAGCCUCUUUGAUCCGUGCUCAGCAACUUAAUCCGAUGGUAGAGCUGAAAGCUGAUACGGAAAAUUUAUCCAAGAAGCCGGACGACUAUUUCAAGAGUUUUGAUGUGGUUUGCAUAACUGAAGCUACAACGGAGCAGCUUCUGCAUAUUGACCAGAUAUGUCGCGAAGCAGGAGUUAAAUUCUUUGCAACUGAUCUCUGGGGAAUGUUUGGUUUUAGCUUCGCCGAUUUGCAGGAACAUAACUUCGUCGAAGAUGUUGUCAAACAUAAGGUCAUUUCUAAACCUCAUGAGAAGACCAAAACUGAGCUCGUAACUUCGACCGUAAAACGUACUGCCACAUAUCCGUCUUACAAGUCUCUGGUAGAGUUUGACUACAAUGCUCAAUCCUACGCUCGCAAACUAAACCGUACUGGACCGUCGCUACCACUGCUUCGUGUUUUACAAAAAUUUCGAGAUGAUGAGAAGCGAGAUCCUCUGUACACCGAACGAGCUGCGGAUUUGGAGAAACUGCUGAAAAUUCGCAACGAGAUUGCAGCCGGUUUGGUCCCCGAUACGGCCUUUACUCACGUCUUUGCACAAAUCUCUCCGGCUGCUGCUAUCGUGGGCGGUGCCGUGGCUCACGAGAUUAUCAAAACGGUUUCCCAAAAGGAGGCACCCCAUUUCAAUGUUUUUCUGUUCGAUCCGGAGAAAUGUUGCGGAUUUAUUGAAACCGUUGGGGUUGAUGCUUAAUUUGUAAACGUGUAAGACCGCAAUGGCAUUAACUAUCGAUCAUUUGUGAUUACAUAUUAAUACUAUUCAUUAUAAUAAAUUUAUCU